AUGUGGGCAUGGGAUGAGCCGCAGGCACUGGUUUUUGAUCUGCUCUCUUCAUUCCAGGUCCUCGUCCUCUUCGCCGUAGCGACGAUCGCCUCUGCGGGUCUUCUGGAUGACGGGGGCGAUGAUUACGGUGGAGGCGGUGGUGGCGGUUUCGGCGGCGGAGGCGGUUUCGGUGGUGGUGGCGGCGGCGGAGAUGACAUCGGCGUAGCUUCCGUCUCGUACGUCAAGACGCCCGUUGUGAGCGUGAAGUACGUCGCCAAGCCUGUGGUCAGCUACGUGGCGAAGCCGGUGGCCACCGUGUCGCAUGCCCUGAAGCCAGUGGUGACGUACACGACGAUCUCGAGCGGCGGCGGAGGCUUCGGAGGCGGUGGCGGUGGUGGCUUCGGCGGCGGCGGUGGCGGAUACGGUGGAGGUGGUGGCGGAUACGGUGGAGGAGGCGGUGGCCACGGAGGCGGAUGGCCCUGGCCGUAAGGGCGGUACCCUUCCUGUUGGCCCCGUGCAAUAACGCAUUUCCAUCUUGUGACCGCUUAAUGAUGAACUCAGCAACAGCCUUCAAAAGCGACCACAUCAAGACAGUGACAGUGUCGAUUGGCGUCCUGUGCGUAAUGAUCCGAGCAAGACUAAGCCCAAAACAGGGCUUG